UGAGCUAGUCAUUGAUACGAAGAUAUCAUGGAAAUUGCCCCAAAAGACUUUCUUUUUUCUCUACCCACCCGGCGAGUCAUUCUUCUACAGGAUAUCUCACAAAUGACAAAUCUUUAUUUCUGAUCGAUGCUUUUCUUUUCUUUUUCUUUUUCUUUUUCUUUGUUAAUACAUGUGCCUUCCAAACUGAGCAAGAAUGGGGGAGAGUAUUUGUAGUUUCGUGCUAGAGAAAUUGUCGUGGGUAUUUGAACAAAAAGAAAAACUCUUUGGUGGAGGGCAGGAUGAAUUCGUUUCGUUUAAUAGUGACCUAAAUCUGGCAGAAGCAUUUAUCAACGAAUGCAGGAGAAAACACAACGAGCAUGAAUUACUGACAGAGGCAAGGUGGCAAUUAAGGGACAUUGCUCACGAGGCUGAGGAUGUGAUGGACACAUUGAAGUUCGAAGACCAGAGGAGGAGGAACUUGGUGUGGAAGAUAAUCCGUUUUGUUAGCUACCCAAUGAUGUGUCAUGAUGCAGCAAAGAAGAUAGAGGGCUUCAACCAUAAAAUCAAUCAAAUCCGGAACCUUGUACAAAGUCACGAAGCGAAAGCUACUCCAGUUGCAGCGGUGGACCUUGCACUGGAAAGACAUAGGAGGGUCGUCAACGAAAAAGACGUGGUAGGCUUUGCUAUUGACUCUAAAUUGGAGAAGCAGCUUAUGGAAGGGGAUUCAAAGCUUGGUGUCAUUUCAAUCAUCGGCAUGGGAGGGUCGGGUAAGACCACUCUUGCCUGGAAGAUCUACAAUACUCUUCUCGUCGAGGGGCACUUUGUUUGCGGUAUAUGGGUGCAUGCAUCUUACCAAUUCAGAACCAAAGACUUGCUGCGGGAAAUGUUAAGGUUUGCGAUACGAGGGUCUUAUGAAUCCAUUAAUGGGGCACUCGAAGAUACUCAGAGGAAAAAAACGAAGAGGUCGAUGAAGGAAAUCAGAGGUAUGAGUGAAGACGAAGUGGAAGAGAAUUUAUCCAAAUACUUGGAAGGAAAGAGGUACCUAGUAGUCAUCGACAACAUCUGGACAACCAAUGGUUGGAAUGAGCUAAUUGCGGCUUUUCCUGAUAACUCAAACGGAAGCAGAAUAUUGAUCACCAGCCGUAUAAAAAGGGUGGCUUCAGCUAUAAGCCUUAGUACUCCCCACUUUCCCCCAAUUCUCGAUGAAGAUGAAAGCUGGGAACUCUUUAGGAAGAAGGUACUCAGAAGAGAGAAAUUUCUUCUCGAGUCAGAAGAUUUGCGAAGAAUCGUUAAAAGUUGCGAAGGCUUCCCACUUUCAAUUGUGGAAUUAGGGGGUCUUGCAGCAGUCGGUGAGAUCAUGACAAACCUAGCACUGUCCGAAUAUGGUGGCAAUGUAAAUUCCUAUCUUUAUAGUAAGACAAGUUGCAAGGACAUACUGUCCUUGAGCUACACCCACCUGUCGCAGCACUUGAAAUCAUUGUUUUUGUACUUUGGAGUAUACCCAGAAGAAUUUGAGAUCCCUGUAAGGCAAUUGAUCCAACUUUGGAUAGCCGAGGGAUUCAUAGAGAAUACUGGCUCUAGAAACAAAGAGGAUGUUGCCAAAAACUACUUCGAUGAGCUGUGUGAUCAAAGCUUGAUCCGAGUGGCAAGCAGGAGGACAUAUCGAGGAGCAAAGACAUGUCGUAUUCAUGCUCUUCUACGACACAUCUCCAUUUGCGAGGGCAAAGAAGAGAAGUUUCUUGAGGUACUUAGACACGUUAAUCUUUUAUCCGAGAACAAAUCCCGUAGAAUUUCCGUCCAAUAUUGUAGCACUCCUCGUUAUAUUUCUUCAAAUCUCUUUUGUGCUACUCGUGCCCGCUCUUUGUUGUUUUUUCGCCAAAAGGAAUUUGGCUUCGAGUCAUCCAACAAAAACAAGCAGACCUACGGCGACCUUGAUCCAAACCAUUGGAAAUGGGUCCACGAGAAUUUCUGCUUGGUUCGGGUGCUUCAUUUUGGUCAACUAAAUAUUUACUCCAUUCCGUCAAAUAUAGAAGAGUUGAUCUGUUUGAGGUACUUGAGAAUAAAGUCUGAUGUUCUCAAAGUAAUUCCAGCUUCCAUUUGCAAUCUUAAGCACCUAGAAACCCUUGACCUGAAAGGUACUUUUCUGAAUUGCUUGCCUAUAGGGAUAUGGAAUCUCAGAAAUCUUAGAAAUCUGUACAUGUCUGGGCCAGUGAGUUUACCUAACCAAUUGAACCCAGACGUCAAAGCUCUUUGGAAGCUCCAAGUCCUUUCGACUGUAUCCCUUAACCCACAAAAUGUGAGCCUCAUUGUUCAAUCUGAACUCUUAAGAAAAAUAGGAAUAUGGUUUGCUUCGGACGACAGCAAUUGCAGAGCCGUUGAGGUUUUGGCAGAGCUCCACGAUUUACCUCAUCUUCAAACAUUGAAAGUCGUAAAUUGCUCAGAAGGUCUCCGUCUUCACCGUCUUCCUCCCCGUCUUCCGACUUCAUUUCCAUCAACAAUCACCAAGAUCACCUUAAGACAAGUGUGCUUAAAAGGCCGCCGCGACAUGAGUGUGCUGGGGAAGCUUCCCAAUCUUUAUAUACUGAAACUACAGAGUUGCUUGAUUUCUAGUAAGCUCACAUUCUUUGCAGAUUCGUUCCCUCGUCUUGAAGUUCUUAAAUUGGAAAAAUUGAAAAUUAAGAGAUGGAAGCAGAGGAGACGCGCAAUGCCAUGCCUCAGGCAUUUGGUCAUCAAACGUUGCACUAACUUGAACGUGCUCCCCUCGAGACUAUGGAGUUCGAGUGCUAUGCAAGAUGUGGAGGUGUUAUGGAGCAACUUGGAAUUGGUAACCCUUCUUCAGGAAUCGCAGAGGAAUCUUGGGUUUAAUCUGCACAUCUGUCCACCUCCGGAUGACGAGUUUUAUCAAAGAAGGGCUGUAUAACGGUGGCUUUACCCUGAGAGCUGGAGUUCAGACAACUUCCGUGGAAUUGGACAAUGGUGUUCCUUUCAAUUGCUGCUACAACUUUCUUCCCUGCAAGGGUUUGGAGGGGAAGAAAAGGCUAUGGUUUCCUCCGAGUUGCUUUUCUUUUGAUUAUUGUGGAAUGAUUUGGUUUGAAUCCGCUUGAAUGUCCUCAUUUUCCUACUCUUUAUACUUUGUAUCCCCAGCUUCCUACUUGUAGGGUCCAUCACUUCGAAUUUGGGAUAUUGUAACUUAUGUUUGGGUUACUUUUAAAUACAAAUCUUGAACGACUUU